AUGUUAUUAUUGGUUUUCUUCUGUAAAAGAUAAAAAUCAAUGAAAGAAAAAAUAUUAAUCAGUUUGACGAUUUAAUUUUUAAAUUGGUGACAUAUUUUAGUGAAUUUGUUUAAAUUAAAUUAGUAACCAAGUUAUUGAAUCAAUUUCUUCUGAAAAAUUGUUACUGAUUAUUUGAAUAUUUUCAUAGUAAUAAUAAAGAAAAUCAAAUCAACAACAACUAAGAACAGAGAAAAAAAAUCAUCAACAAUAAGUCACCAUUUUUACCGAUACCGAUUCCGUUUGUUAGUCUCUUCAUUUGAUACUCGAACAAUUUAUCAUUUAAUUGUUACCAUUACAAUUUAAUCUUCGUGUUUAUCACAUUCGAAUCAUUUGAAAACAUUAUUGACGCCAUAUUGGUUGAUUAUUUCUUCUGAUUGUCUUUUGAAACCCUAAUCAUAAUCAUCAGCCAUUGACAUCUAAUCCUUAAGUAAUCAGCUUAUAUCUUCAAUUGUUGAUUUAGUAAUUGUUAAUUUUCUGUGUAACUGAUUAAAACAAAUCAAAGGGUUUUUUAUAUAACCAUUUAUUUGUCUGUUUAAUUUUAGUGAAUCAAUUCAUUUGUAAGAUUUAAUUACUCUCCAAUUAUGAUCCAUUGGACAUCAUGUUCAUUAACUGUGAUCUUUUUGGUUAUCAAUUGUUGUCAUGCUUUUCCUAAUCUCGGUGAACAAUCAUCAUCAGAAUUAUUAUCAUCUAAAGACAAUCAACAACAACAAUCAUCCUCGAUUGUUAAACCUUUGCCAGUCGAUGCUCAGGUUGAAGAGUUAAAAAAUCGUAAACCUCAACCAUUUACCUUUAAACAUCACAAUAAUCAAGAGCUUAAUCUAGUUCUUCAAGAUAUAAAUAAACGAUGUCCUGAUAUUACCAAAUUGUAUGAACUUAAUUAUCGAAGUGUCCGAGGUUGGCCUUUAACCGUCAUUGAAUUAUCCGAUGCUCCAGGAACCCAUGAAUUCUUGGAACCUGAAUUUAAAUUGGUGGCCAAUAUGCACGGAAAUGAGGUAUUGGGUCGAGAAUUGUUACUUAAAUUGGCCGAUCAUUUGUGUGAACAAUAUUACAAGAAUGAUAGUAUUGCUUAUCUACUUAAUCACACUCGAAUUCACAUCUUACCCUCCAUGAAUCCUGAUGGUUGGGAUGAUGCCACCGAAAAUGGUCCUGGUCAGGAUUGGCUGUAUGGAAGAUCAAAUGCCAAUGGUGUUGACCUUAAUCGUGAUUUCCCUGAUCUUGAUAGUGUUGCCUACAGAUCAGGUGAUAAAACCGAUCAUCUUUUCAACGAGAAAUCAAUUGAUCACAAAAUGCAACCAGAAACAAAGGCAACAAUUGAAUGGAUCUUAACCAAUCCCUUUGUCUUAUCAGCUAAUCUUCAUGGUGGAUCUCUGGUUGCCAAUUAUCCUUACGAUGAAACUCCCGACGGAAGUGCCCGUAGAUACGCACCUUCACCCGACGACGAUACCUUCAGACAUUUGGCUCAAACAUAUGCUCGAAGUCACAAAUUAAUGGCUCUUCCCAAUAGAGCAAAAUGUGAACCUGAUGAGGAAGAUUUCGGUAAACAAGGUGGAAUCACCAAUGGAGCUGCUUGGUAUAGUGUUUCCGGUGGAAUGCAAGAUUUUAAUUAUCUUGGAUCAAAUGAUUAUGAGAUUACAUUGGAAUUAGGUUGUGAAAAGUAUCCAUCAGCUGAUAAAUUACCACAGGAAUGGGAAAAUAACAAGGAUGCUCUUCUUGAGUACAUUUGGCAGUCUCAUAUUGGAAUCAAAGGAAUUGUCAAAGAUGAAAGAACUGGUCAAGUUAUUCAAGGAGCUCAUAUCAAGGUGAAAAAUGUAACUUCCGGAAGGAAUCAAGAGAUUGACCAUGAUGUUGUUUCAGUUGCUGAUGGGGAAUAUUGGAGACUAUUAACUCCUGGACAAUAUGAAGUUACCGUUGUCAAGGAUUCUUAUGAACCAUCAACCAAAUUAAUUAAAGUUGUCAAUGAGCCACAUAAAGAAACCCAUAGAGUUGAUUUUCUAUUAACACCGAGUUCAGAUGAAUCUAUUCAUCCAUUAAUGUCCAUGGGAAAUUAUCGUAAUGAUCCACAAAUGAUGAAAUAUUUAACUUAUCUUCAAGCCAAUGGUGAAUCUUUGAUUCCUCAGGAAAUGGAUAUUGAUUCAGUUUUACCUUAAUCAAUUAACUUGAACACGUUUAAAUCGUGAAACCAAAGAGAUUAUUAUUAUUAAGAACAAUUUAAUUGAUCUGUGUCAUCUUCACAAGAAACUUCAUCAAUUUGAUCUUAUUAUUAUCAUGAAAACAAUCAAAUCAGUCAAUCAAAUUUACCAUUCAUCAUUAUUACCGUUAUUUAUUUUAUCCAAACCUUCAAAUACAAUUUACUUACAAGAGAAAGUAACUCAUCAAUCCAAAGAAUUAAUUUAUUAAUUGUUCGCAAAUAACAAAUGUUUUCAAAUCAAAUUCCUUCCUAAUUGUUUGUUAAAUUUUAUGAUUAUUAUUUUCUUUUUCAAUUGCUAUUAAUUUAUAUAUCAUUUUCUCCCGAAAUUAUAAAAAAAAAUGUACUUGUAAACCCAUCGAGAGCAAAUCAAACAAAAAUCAGAGAAGAUAUUGAAACUAUUAUAUAUAAAGAUUAAUUUUCUUUUCUCAAACAAUCAAAUUAAAGUGUAACUAAUCAUUUUCCUACUUUCAAUCGAUCAACAAAUCAUCACGAUCUAACUAAUUUCUCCCUCAAUGUUACAACAAUUUUCCAUCUUCAAAUUCAAAUUCGAAUUCAAAUCAACAAUCUUCGAAUCAUCAACAAACAAUUCAACGAUCGAAUCGUAUUGAUGUUCCAUAUCAAAGAGAUUCUAGUGUUCGAAGUGUAUAAAGAAAAUUGAAACGAAAUCUCAAUCUAAUUGUUCAAGUCACUUGGCGAAAUGAUGAUAAUUGAUUAAAAGUAUUUCUUGUUGAAUUUUAA